AUACCGCAAGUCUGUCAGGUUAAAACCAUACAGUCGGUGGUGCUUAUUAUUACGAACGAAAUUUCACGUCUUCUCAAUCUUCUCAUACUAUAUUAGACGAUAAUAUGUAGCCAAAUAUACCAGUUAUUACCUCUGAAUUUGUGUUAUUUUAAGUUUACGCCAAUAUCUCUUGUUGCGAAUUCCGAUCGAGUUUUUCUUCAUUUUUUAAUUCAAACACUUUUCUAAUAUUUUUUUUCUCGUAUUACUGUUGUAUAAUACAACUGUCGUUUGCAUCAUAAUAUUAAAUGUAAUAGAACAACUACAUAUCUAUAUAUAUAUAUAUAUAUUAUAUUAAUAAAAAACAUUUCUCAACACCGUCACUUCUUUUUUUGAAACAAUACGACGAUUUUAUUGACGUUUAAAGUGUCUUUCCAUUUAUAACAAUGCCUAAGAAGAAGAUAAUUGUACACGAUGAACCUGUACCAGCAAGACCUCAUAGAAACAUGAAAGCCAAAGUUGUAUUUGAUCCAUCUGAUAAUCAUAUACCGAAGAAGAGAGCUAAAUAUUCUUAUAAGAAUGAAAAACCUACAGAAGCCACUACUGUAAAAAAAACUACAAAUGAUAGAAGAAAAAAACGAGAUACUACUUCUAAGUCAAAAAGUCUUCCAGUAAAUCCGGUUACUGAAUUAGCAGAUUGUUCGUUAACUGAAGUCAAUUCUAUAUCUCCAGUACAUUCACCAAUAAAUUCUUCAGUAAAGACAGUAAAGAGUGCUACUGCUGAAGUAACUCAGAAUUUAUCAAAAAUGUGUUAUGUGUGUUCAAAAAUUUCAGAAGAUAAAGAAUUAAUUGAUUGUCCAAUUUGUUUGAUUAAAGCUCACAAAGACUGUAUAAUAGUGGAUGAGCCUGUGUGGAAGUUCAAAUUAAAUUUUAGUCCUUGGCUCUGUAAACAAUGCAGAAGACUAAAUUGCAGUAAUUGUCUCGAAGAUAAAAAGCAGAAGAAAGAAAUGCAUCACUGUGUCUCUUGUGAUGUUGGUUUACAUAGCAUUUGUUUUGAAUCAUAUGACAUUAAACCUUUGCAUAAAGUAGAACCUGAUAUGUAUGUAUGUAUCCCUUGCAUGACUUUGGCUACUCAAAUAAACACAGAAGAAGUAGAAGAAGUAUUUGAAAUUAAAGAUGAUAUUGAAUCAAACAUAUCCAGACCAUCCAGUGUUAUGUCUAUAUCAUCUAACGAAAAUGACACCGGUUCUAAAAGUAGUUCAUCAGAUAGUUCAACAGACUAUGAUCAAUAUGAGGAUUACCAUAAUACUGAAAUACCAAAUGUAUCGAAAUGGAGUAAAGAAGAACUAAUUGAAUAUUUAUCAAAACGUUUACCUCAAGAAAUUGUUGAUCAUCUAUCUCAUUUUGAUAUUGAUGGUCGCUCUAUACAAUUACUUCAACGGAGUGAUAUUGUAACAAACAUGGGUUUGAAACUUGGACUUGCAUUGAAAUUUUAUAAACAAGUGCGGAUGUUACAGUCACAAAGUACAUAUGAUCGCUUAUUCUGGGAAUAAUAAUUAUUAUACCUAACAUCUAUUUAUCAUCGAAUGAUAUUAAAUUGUGUUCAUGUUUUUUUUUUUUAUAUAUAUAUAUAAAUUAUUAUUUUUGUAGUAAGUUUAAAAACCGUCCUUUCAAAACUUGAAAUCAAAUGCAAUUAUCUGUUUUUUAAUUUCUCCAUGUUUACAAAUAGUGAAAUAAAUUUUUGAGCUAUUUUUCUAUAGAAAUACAUUAUUGUUUUAGCUUAAUUGUAUAUAAAGACUAAUCAAAUUUAUAUUCUGUAUUAUUUAAUGAUGGCAGUUACUAGUAAUAAAAACCCCUUAGAACACGCUGCUACUUUGGCAAUAAUAGAUAGGGCCAUGACCUUGGCUAUAAGCAUAAUAAUUUGAUCAUGUUUCUUAAGCUAAUAAAAAACUUAUAAUUUUUAAUAAUUCACCAUAGGUACACGAAAAUAUGUAAUGAACAAUAAUAUUCUACUAUAUUCUAAAUAAUAAUACUACCUCUAACCUACUUGUAUUUACAUCCAAUAAUGGCUUUUUGUAUUAUAUAUGUAUAGAAUAUUGUCAUAUUGAUUUUUAUUUUAUAUAUGUAAAAUAUAUACACUAUUUUUUAAAUUCAUUUCAUUUUUAUUAAUAUUAUAUAUUAAUAUAUUAUUUACUUGUGCAGUUGUGCGUUGAAGAAAUGUCAAUGAGUUUUAUUGCCAGUAAUCUGUAUUAUAUUUUUCAUACCUUGUGCUAUUCAAUCUCUACUUAAUACUGUUUAUCAUAGAAUACAUGUAUUUUUAUUUUACCUUAAAUAGUAUAACCAAUUUCUUGAUUGAAUCAAAAAAAGUAAUCAUCUCAUAUUAA